CGGCUUCCAUGAGAGAGCAGUUGGGCUGCAGGGUGGCAAAGGCAGCGAUGAGCCAGAAAUCCCCCCUCCAGCCCAUAGGGAAUCUGGGCCCUGGGGAAUGGACCUAUAGGCUCUCCCAGCUCUCUUCUCCCCUCCUUCCAUCACACUGUGAUCUGGAAGGAUGAUAGGGGGCAGGGGACAGAGAGAGCCUGAGGUGCCAGCACGUGGCUGGGUGAGCUCUCGUCUUCCCCCACCCCACACACAGCACCUGAUGCUCACCUGGAAUAACCCCAGCACAGAGAGGAUCCAGAUGUCAGCCCAGCUAAUAAACACAUCAGAUUUCAAUCUCGGCAGCCAUGGGAUCAUUUUCUCCUCCCCACGUUUCUAACCCUGAAAGCAAUUUGCCUUCCAACCAGCGCAGCCUUCUCCCUGCCUGUGGGACCUCGGUGCUUUGCAAAGCCCUUUAGAGGAUGCGACACCGAUGUCCCCCAUUGUGCUGUGGUGGCAGCAGGGACUGUGACCCAACACAUGUGAUGGCUUUAGGAAGAUCCCAGCAUGGGGCUCGUGGCAGCUUGGUGUCCUCGCAGAGCAUCCUCACGGCACGGAGCAGCCAGAGCGCAUACAUCCCAGUAUUGGUUACCUGCCAUCUUAUCUGCGCUCCGAAAGACAAAGGCACAGUUAAAACAUUUUAGAGCAGCCUUCAUAGUGUAUUAACAUGUUAUCUAACCCAUUAAACCAGAGCCUUAUCAGAUAAUCAAAGCCAUUAAGCCCUGAAGCCGCUGCGACUUUGGAUGCGGGGAUGGGAAGCGCUCCUUCCUCUCUGCUGCACCACGGUGUGCCCAGACCCCCAGCACUGGCACGGAUGGGGAUGGGGAUGGAUGGGGACGGGACCGACUGACUCCAUCCUUCUCCUUGCAGAUGAACUGGAGCUGGUGGUGCAGGAUGGGGAGAGUCGGGUGCGAGCCCGACAGAGCCUCCCUGAAGGCUUCUCUUGGGGACCCUUCCAGGGCAGCAUCCACAGUGAGCCAGCAUCACCAGGACACGGCGAGGCGCAGAGCCCACCCGUGACGCUGGUGCUGGGGGAUGAGAGCUGCUGGCUGUCCCGCCUGCCCCUGGUGCCCGGAGAGCCCGAUGCCAACGCUGUCAUCUACAGGAAGGAUGAUGCCGUGUGGUGCAGGACCACACGUGCCGUGCAGGAGGAUGAGCCAAUGUGCGCCUUCGUGGUGGCUGAGCCAGCUGCCAUCCCCAGGCAGACAGUGAAGGCAGAGCCUGGAGACUCACCCUACCCGGCUGCGCUGCACUCCGACAUCCAGCUGCUGCCCCAGCAGGCGGGCAUGGCUGCCAUCCUGGCCACUGCCGUGGUGAACAAGGAUGUCUUCCCAUGCAAGGACUGCGGGAUCUGGUACCGGAGCGAGCGCAACUUGCAAGCCCACCUGAUGUACUACUGUGCCAGCCGGCAGAGCGCGGGCUCACCUGCUGUGGAUGAGAAGCCCAAGGAGACGUACCCAAACGAGCGUGUCUGCCCCUUCCCCCAGUGCAAGAAGAGCUGCCCCAGUGCCAGCUCCUUGGAAAUCCACAUGCGGAGCCACAGCGGGGAGCGUCCAUUUGUCUGUCUGAUCUGCCUGUCUGCCUUCACCACCAAAGCCAACUGCGAACGUCACUUGAAGGUGCACACGGACACCCUCAACGGGGUCUGCCACAGCUGCGGCUUCAUCUCCACCACACGGGACAUCCUCUACAGCCACUUGGUCACCAACCACAUGAUCUGCCAGCCGGGCUCCAAGGGAGAGGUGUACUCACCAGGGCCAGCACUGCCAGCUGCCAAACCCCUCACCCCUGGGUUGAGCCAGCCGAACAAUGCACCUGUGCUGAAGUGCAGCCUGCCUGCCUUCAUACCCGAGGGGCUGCCAGCCCUGCCACAGCACGUGGUGCUGCACGGCCCCCUACCCACCGUUCUGCCCGGCCCAGAUGCCACCCCACAGCCCGCAUCACCCUCGGAUACCACCACAGGACCCACAUCCUGUGAGGCGCAGAAUGGUGAAGCCCCAAGAGAAGGUCAGUCCUCCUCCUCCGGCGAGCCCAUCCGCAUCAAGGAGGAGCCAGCUGACAGCCCGGCUGGGAGUGAGGCGGAGGAACCCAAAAGCGGGGAGGCCGCUGCUAGCCCCAGCUCAGAGCCAGAGCCCAGCUCCCGGACUUCAUCCCCCCGUAGCCUUCCCCCAGGGAAGGUGAAGUCGGAGCUGGCCAGCCCCACGCCGGGCUCCAGCCCUGUACCCAGCGAGCCAGGCUCAGGCACGGCGGGAGGCACCGUCUUCCUGCCGCAGUACCUGUUUGGCCAUGAGGCUGCAACGGUGGUCCCGCAGGCAUCGGAGAUCCUAGCCAAAAUGUCAGAGCUGGUGCACAGCCGGCUGAAGCAGGGCCAUGGCACGGUGCCACCGGGACUGUUCACCGGAGCACCGGUGCCGAAAGGUGCGACGUGCUUCGAGUGCGAGAUCACCUUCAACAACAUCAACAACUACUACGUGCACAAGCGGCUCUACUGCUCCAGCCGCCACCUGGCCGAGGACAGCCCUCCCGGUGCCCGAAAGCUCAAAGUGCCCCCCGCAACCCCCAAGGGUCCUCCCGUCGCUGGGACGCUGCUGUCUGCUCCGCCGGGUGAAGGGCACAGCGCUCCGUCGGGGGACGGGGAAGUGGGGCGCGCAGCCACACCGCCCACCCAGCUGGAAGAAGGCAAAGCGGUGUCCCCGGGGACGGAAGUGGCAGCAUCAGGGCGGUGCAGCGAGGACAGCCAGAGCCCCGUCAGCUCGGAGGGGGACGAGGACCCCAGCAAGACGCUGUGCGAGGCGUGCAACAUCCGCUUCAGCCGCCACGAGACCUACGCCGUCCACAAGCGCUUCUACUGCGCCUCGCGCCACGACCCGCCGCUGCGCCGACCCGGCCUGCCCAAGGUGCCCUUCAUCCCGCAGCCCCUCCGUACCCGCAAGCGCCGCAAGCUCUACGAGAUCCACGGGGCUGAGCCGCCCCCACAGCCCGACCCUAAAGCCCCUGCGGCCGCCCCUUCGCCCAGCUCCAGCCCCGAUGCUGAGGGCCCCAUCGAUCUGAGCAAGAAGCCGCGGCGGCGCGGCGGAGAGCAGAACGCAGCCACGUUGCUGCCGUUGGCCGACUACCACGAGUGCACGGCGUGCCGCCUCAGCUUUAACAGCCUGGACAGCUAUCUGGCCCACAAGAAGUUCUCCUGCCCUGCCACCCCGCUGCAGCCCGGUGCCAUGGAGCACCUCCAGAAGAUCAAAGGGGCCGUGCCCAAGGGACACCGCGACGGCGAAGGGGACAAAACGGCCCCAACCGGCGCCGCCAAGGCUCUGCCACCCACCUACCCUGCAGUAUCCAUGGGGGAUUUGCGGUACCCUAAAGGUGCCAAAGGGCCGCUUUCUGUCUGCCCCUACUGCCCUCUUAACGGGGCCAUCAAGGGGGACCUCAUUGAGCACUUCCGCCACGUCCAUGGGCUCUUUGUGGCUGCGCAUGGCCUCCCCGACACCCCACGGCCUGGGGGGGGCAGGACGCCCGAGCCCCCCGCCGCCUCACCCCCUCGCCCACCCGCCCCGCGCCUCCGCCGGGACAGCUUCAACGGCAAGGAGGCUCGCGAUGCCCCCCCCAACGGCAGCCCCCGGCCCCCCAUCUCCCCCCGGCCCCCCGCUGACAAGCCACCCACUCCGCCCUCCUAUACAGACCGGGGGGUGCAGACCCCCCCGGCCAAGGCUGCCCCCAGCCCUGUGCCCAACGGCAACCACCGGUACUGUCGCCUGUGCAACAUCAAAUUCAGCAGCUUGUCCACCUUCAUCGCCCACAAGAAGUAUUACUGCUCGUCCCACGCAGCCGAGCACGUCAAGUAAAGGGCCCCCCCCCAGCUCUGAUUGGCAGUUUGGGGUUGGGGGGGCUGUGUGGGAAUGGUGUGGCUUGGGGGGGACACUGGGGGCCGACGUCCCGGUGAUGGAUGUGUAUUUAUAAAGCGACGCGGCACCAUCCUCACUGCAGAUGUGGGGUUGGGUCUCGAUGAUGGACCCCAUGGGGGGCUUCCACAGCCCCUCCUCAUCCCCAGAGCACCACAUCUCUCUGCUCUGGGUGCUGACGUUCACCUCAAGUGGAAGGACCUCAGAGCACGGACCUGAAGCCGUGGUAUGGGGAGAGGGGCUGCCCCCCCCAGCUCUGCAAAGCCCCCUCCAUCUGCCCUACUGCUCCUCCCUACAUAGUGCUGCAGGGAAACUAGGGCGGGGGGGGGCAGACACUACAGGGAAAGGGGGGCACAACCAGGCCCUGGAACAGGAGAGCACUGAAGUUGAGAAUGAAGCAACCCUGGGAACUGUGUGUAUAAGCGUGUACAGAAAAUAAAUAUGUCUAAUUACA